AUGAAUGAUUUACCCAAACAACCCCCGUCUGAUAAAGCGAGCGAAGAGCCACAAAUAACUAUGAAUUCAUCAAAUGAGGGACCAGAAAAGAGCAAAUCUAACUUCAAACUCAUAGCUACUUCUACGGGUAUACGAGUAUCUCAAGCUUGUGACCGGUGCCGUGUCAAGAAGAUCAAAUGUGAUGGAAUGACACCUUGCUCUAACUGUCAAAAGGUUAAUUUUGAGUGUAAAACAAGCGAUAAGUUGACCCGGAGAGCGUUCCCUAAGGGAUACACAGAGAACUUGGAGAAAUUAGUCAAGCAAUUGGAGGAAGAGAAUCAAAUAUUAAAGGAAAGAAUAGAUGGAGAAAAGACCAGCAACGAAGGUCCAAAGAAUCUUGAUAUUAAUACCAACCAAGUAAGUGCUCUUUCAGGAGUAAACUCACAAUUGGAUACCCCUUUGCUACUGGCAAGACAGGGAGAUUUUGAUGCUCGACUGACUCUAACAAACACACCCACUCGACUAGAGCCAGGAAGUCAAUAUAAAACGAUUCCUAUCAACAAUCCUAUAGAUCAAAUAUUCAACCUCGACAAUAAUGGGGUCAUAAUAGGGAAUGACAAUUUAAAUUUUGAGUCACAAGUUAACCACCUACUAAUCAAUUUGAAUCUACCGUUUUUGAAGAUAUCAAAUUCUCAUAACUUCUUAUUGAAUGAUCCUAAUUCAUAUUUAUUUAAUCCAUCUUAUUCCAAUCAUAACUUAUUUCAUAAUCGAGAUUGGGAAAUUGCUUACAAUCCGAUUACAGAACUUCCAAACUCUCGAGAAGAGGACAAAUUACCACUUGAUGUUUAUGAUUUAUUCAUCAAGCUUAUUAACAACUUUAAGAAAUUGUUCAAGAACAAGAAAGAAUUGGAUCAACAGAUUACCCAAUUUUUCUUGAGUUAUAACAUCUUCAUUCCAGUUUUUGAAUACAAAGAAUUCAAGAAAUCAUACGAAGAAUUCCACACAAUGUACCCCUUUAUGUUCACAUACAAUGAUGCAACAAUUAAUGGGUUCAACAUUUCAUCUCAUGAUUAUUCUGUUGUCAAUAAGUUCAUGAUGACUGUGAUUCAAAUAUAUGCUAUGAUUAUGAUGAAUGAUCCAACUAUAAACUUGAAUUUAAUCUUAAAUCAUGAUAAUCCUUCAUACACCAUGAGCAACAUGAGUAAUAUGAAAUCUAAUGAUGCACAUUCUUUGAUUAGAUCACUUUAUGAUUUGUUGCCAUAUUUUAACUUGUUCCAUGUUUCUAUGAACCAGUUACAAACUUAUUUGUUGUUCUUUCAUUAUUCAUUAGUAACAAAUAAUAAGGAGAAAUCAUUAGUUUUGUCUUCCGUCAUCAAUUCCUACAUAGGUAUUUUGGGGAUUAACUUGAAUACUAAUAAUCUAUUCUUCAAUGAUUUGUCCCUCUCCAUACAGCAAAGAAGAAUUAGAGUGAAAAUCUUUUGGGUAUUCAAAGUUUUAUUAAAGUGUUUCAAUUUGAAGUUUGGGUUUAAACCAAGUAUCAACACCACAGUUAUCAAUCCAGUUACGAUUGAUAGAUAUUUUCAAUUGACUCCUGCAAAAUUAUCAUCAUUAUUGGAACCACAGAAUGAUCCUGAAGGUUACGAUGAAUUGUUUAGAGCCCUUCUUAAACCUAGUAUAGAAUUUUUGACGUUGUUGAAUAUUGUGAUUCCUUCAUCUUUCUCCCCUAAUUACUACCAGUACUUGAAAAACUCGAAAGAUGGAAAGGGUCAGGCCAACCAUCCACCCAACACUGCGAAUCAGCAAAAUGGCAGUGGAGCAAGGAAACCUCAUAACUUGGACUGGAUUUUGAAUGAUGAUGAUGGUGAUGGAAAUGAUGGUAAUUUGAACUAUAACUUCAACCAGUUUGCAACCAUUGAUAAAAACCUUGAAAACUGGAGAAAUUCGUUGAAAGUAAAGCAAAUGGAACUUUUACCUUUACUGCAAUAUAUGGGUCUUGAUAAUGUUUCCGGAAUUACUAGUAACAAUUUAUUCCAUGAAUUGUCUUCCAAUGAAAAGAACUCAGAAGGAUCUCAUCUAGGUUUAUCAAGAGAAGGUUUGGUUCAUUUCUUCAAUAGUGGGUUACCAGAUAUAUAUACGGCAUCCCAGUUGAUUAAGAUCCAACUUAACUUCCAUUAUCUAUUAAUCAGAUCCAUGAAUUAUAUCAACUUUAUGGUAGACAAGGACUUGACUCCUGGGUACUAUGUUAAUAUUUUUAACAUUUCUCAAGAAGUACUUCAGUAUUUCUUAUUGAUAUUCAGUCAUAUUGGUGAUUUUGAAGAAGUAAACUAUGACGGUUCCGGAAAGGAUUCCUCUAAUGCUAAUCAUCUUGGGUUACGAACAGAUGAGGAUGGGUUCAUCGUGAAUGAUUUCUCUGUUAAGAGACAAAAACCAAACUCUGGUAACACCAAGAAACCGAAGUCGUGGAGACAAAUUCCUUCCAAUCCAUUCAAUGUUAUGUUGAACGGUUUAUCAUUAUGUAUAAUUAAUUUCAAGAAGGCCAUCAUAUUACAAAUGCUUUACUUGUUGAUUUGCCAAUUGAAGUUUGUUAAAAAGGACAAGAUUGAUUUAUCUAAAUCAAGUACUGUGUUGAGCUUUUCAGUUGAACUAUUUAUCAAGAUUUUCAUCAACUAUAAGACUAGAAGCAACUUUGAGCAGAAUUAUGUUUACAAUGAAAAGUCAAAGAAAAGAAGUUCAGAAGAUUACUUGUACAAUAAGUUGUUGAGUGAUGCCUUUAAGGACGAGAUAUUGAAAGAUCAGGAACAAAGUGAUGAUGAAGACUGUGAAGAUUUGCCUUAUGAUCCUUCAGGUAUGAGUUCAUAUUCAUCCAUUGAUUGGGAUGAUGAGAACCUAGAUGAAGAUUUGAAAUAUCUUAAGAUCCUCAAGUUUUUAAAGUAUAAGAAUAACAGUAUUUUGGAUCAAUCUAAACAAAUGAAGGCCAAUGAACAGCAUCAUUCAAGGUCUCAAUCGGGAAUAUUAAUGCCUAAUCCAACAAGUGUCACUCAUCAUCACCACCACCAUACAUACGAAGGUGGAUCCAAUCUUAAACAUGAACAGCAGCACAAUCCCCUUGUUGCUGAAGACCAGAUCGUACCUCGAGGGCAUCAAGCUGAUCUGAACAGUUUAUAUGUAAACUCUUCAGCACACGAUGACAUGGGUGACUCAAAGACACCAUAUUUGACAUACUAUACACCAUCAAACGCAGCUUCGCCUGGUACUCUUCCAAGCAAUAAAUCCCAAAUUAGUUUUAUGAAGAUCCCUUCUAUGAAUAGGUUGGACUACAUCAUGAGUCCACAUUAUUAUCCUGAAGGAGCUCAUAAUCUGGAUAGCCAGAAUCCCAAUUACAAGUUUCCUAUGUCGAUAGCAGAACAUGACACGCUAACGUUACCCCAAGCAUCGUUACUGCAGACAUCUGGAGGCUCCAGUUCGAGCAAACAGACUGCGUCAAACAUUCAGAACAACGAUAAUAACAAGAUGAAUGAUCCUAUCAUCAAAAAGGAGAAAACAAUUAUAGGUGAACUUAUGAGAGGUUCAGAAGGGAAUGGUGGUAACAAACUAUAUCAUAACUGGACAUAA